GCUGGCUCAGUCCGCGCGCAGCGUGGUCCCGACCGUGCCAUAGGCUCUUCGUCUGGCACGGUCCGGGGUGCGGGAGUCGGGAUGCGCCCCCUGCUCGGCCUCCUCCUGAUUUUCGCUGGCAGCACGUUCGCCUUGUAUUUGCUGUCGACGCGACUGCCCCGAGGGCCGAGACUGGGCUCCGCGGAGGAGACUGGCGGCAGGUCGCUGUGGUUCCCUUCAGACCUGGCAGAGCUGCGGGAGCUCUCAGAGGUCCUUCGAGAGUACCGGAAGGAGCACCAGGCCUAUGUGUUCCUGCUCUUCUGUAGCGCCUACCUCUACAAACAGGGCUUUGCCAUCCCUGGCUCCAGCUUUCUGAAUGUUUUAGCCGGUGCCUUGUUUGGGCCAUGGCUGGGGCUUCUGCUGUGCUGUGUGUUGACCUCAUUGGGCGCCACAUGCUGCUACCUGCUCUCCAGUAUUUUUGGCAAACAGCUGGUGGUCUCCUACUUUCCUGAUAAAGUGGCUCUGCUUCAGAGGAAGGUGGAGGAGAACAGAAACAGCUUGUUUUUCUUCUUACUGUUUUUGAGACUUUUUCCAGUGACACCAAACUGGUUCUUGAACCUCUCGGCCCCAAUUCUGAACAUCCCCAUUGUGCAGUUCUUCUUCUCUGUUCUUAUUGGUUUGAUGCCAUACAAUUUCAUCUGUGUGCAGACAGGCUCCAUCCUGUCAACUCUCACCUCUCUGGAUGCUCUGUUCUCCUGGGAAACUGUCCUUCAGCUCUUGGCCAUUGCCCUGGUGGCCUUAGUUCCUGGGACCCUCAUUAAAAAAUUUAGCCAGAAAAACCUGCAUUUGAAUGAAACAAGCACCACUAAUCAUCUAAAUCAUAAAAAGGACACAUGAUCUGGACUCUCUGGCUGUCACAUCCAUGGACUGUAGUGCUUAUUUAUGAAAUGGGCAUGGUGCUCUAUGCCCCUUACUGGUUUUUAAAUACCCUAAACCAAUGAUUCGGACACUCUGUUCAUCUGUGGGCAAUCUCUUGUCAUAAAGGAUAGUCUGUGUUCUAGAAGGUGAAUUAUACUGUUUGUUCUCAAACUAGGUCUGGUGUAGCAGGACAUUCUAGUAAAUGAAUGGCCUCCUAGAAAAUCCUGU